ACAGCAGCAUCCAGUCAAAACUUUGGAAUCGUUGCGAUUCUACAAAUAAUUCUGCUUUAGUUGUAUAUAAUUUAAUUCAAAUUCGAAUUUGUUUGUAUUAUUUUGCAUUGGGUUUUCAAGUGAUCUAGUGCAAGUGCUGUGAAUUGUCAUCGUAGCUGUGCUUUGGCGGUAUUUUGUGAUUAAUUCUGCUGUUGACUGAAAAGGAACGCUGAAAAUGAAAUUAUUUAUCUGUUUCGCCGCCCUGCUUGUGGCCACUGCCUACGCYGGCGACACCGCCAAGAAGGCUACCGUCGAGGCUAGCGCUGCUUCGGGCAAGAAAGUGCCACUCGAAAAGAAGCUGGACAAGCGCGGUCUGCUUGACCUCGGCUACGGCUAUGGWCACUCCGGACUAGAUGUUGGCUAUAUCGGCCACGGUAGUGUUGACUACGGACAUGGUUAUGGCCUUGUGGCUGCUCACUCCGCCCCCGCCGCCGUCUCUUAUGGACAUACCGGUCUUGCGUCCGCUGGCMUUGCGCACUCACCGUUCCUCAUCAGCAAAACUGCCGAUGUGCAUAAGACCAUCACCGUCACUAAGGGUAUACCGGUGCCAGUAACUGUUGACCGACCUUACCCGGUUGUCCAUCAGAAACAAGUGCCCGUCGAAGUUAAAGUACCCGUGCCACAGCCCUACGAAGUUAUACGCAAAGUACCGGUUUCRGUAAAGGAGUACGUCAAGGUGCCCAUACAUGUGCCACAACCCUACACCGUUGAGAAGCGUGUCGAAGUUAAAGUACCCGUGCCCGUUGAUCGCCCCUACCCAGUGAAGGUGCCAGUGCCACAGCCCUAUGAAGUGAUCAAGCAUGUUCAAGUGCCCGUCAAAGUACCGGUACCACAGCCCUACGAAGUGGUCAAGCAUGUUCAAGUGCCCUACAAGGUUCAAGUGCCAGUGCCACAGCCCUACGAAGUCAUCAAACAAGUGCAAGUGCCCGUACAUGUGCCAGUCGAUCGUCCAGUACCAGUUGCUGUACCCAAGCCCUACCCAGUGCCCGUGGAGAAACCCUACCCAGUUGUGGUAGAGAAACAAGUMAARGUUGAGGUACCGGUACGCGUUGACAGACCCUACCCCGUGCCAGUUGACCGUCCCUACACCGUUAAAGUACCAGUCGACGUACCACAACCUUACACCGUCGAAAAACAUAUACCCUAUACUGUGGRCCGUCCAGUACCAGUGCCCGUCAAGGUAGCCAUCGACCGUCCCUACGCCGUGCAUGUGACACGCCCGGUGCCAGUAGCUGUUCAGAAACCCGUUGCUGUACCCGUACCCGUGCCAGUCGUCGCCGGACACACGGUGGUCGAACAUGGACCCGCCAUUGCUAUCAGCGGCGGAGGCUAUGAUGGUGGUUACGGUGGUGGUUACGGUGGUCAUGGCUUCUCAUCCAGCGGCUACGGCUACUCGUCCCUCGGACACGGUCAUGGUUACGCACAUAAAAAGAAGUAAGCCUGGCUGCGGAGCUACAGCUUCUACGAUUACUGUGUAUAUGAUUUCAGCAUUGAAGGCGGAAUUAAUUGAAUGAAUUUUAGUGUUAAUUAUGAAAUUAUGAGGAGAAGGAAGUCGCUAGCAAUAGGACUUCGAAAAAUUUAGUAAGAAAGCAGAAGAACAUUACGAGCAAAACGAAACCCGAAGUAAUUGUAAUGAUUAAACAACGCAACAACAAAUAAAAGCAGCAUAAAUACACAAAAGCGAAGACAUUCACGAAGUGGCGAUGCACGAUGCACGAAAUGAAGAACUCGAGCUGACACCAACUUAACUAGCAUAAUACGAAUAGAACAUACGUUUGCUUAAUAUUCAUUUUUCGGCAACUGAAAAUCGCUCAUUGCUUACUACAUACAUAUGUAUAUGUAAACCCUGCCACUUAGUUUUAAGUAUUUACAAACACUUGUAAAUUAUUUAAAAGAGCAAAGAGAGCUGCUUGUCUAGGACAACACACAACUGACUGCUUACAGCGAUAAAUGGUUUAGUUGUGCCUUAGGUUGUCAGUGGACGCACCCAAAAUUAAAAAAUCAUUGAAUUGAAAAAUAAUGCGUUUUUUGUUGGGCCUGCAAAGGCCCUGACACAACCGCAUUUUGUUCAAAAUUUGCCAAUUAGCCCUAGAUCUAUCAUUAUUACCACUUAUGCCACUAACUUACAUAUAUAUAUGUAUAUUAGCAACAUUUAGUGUAUUUCUCUCAUCAAAU